AUGAACAUUCUUUCUAAUUCCUUUGUGACCCCAAUUUGGUUACAUCCCAAUAGCAAUACCCUUCCAACCAUUGUUAGCCUGUCUAUAAAAUGUAUAUCUUCCACAGUAAAAGAUUCAGAAUUUCCCCAAAAGAUUACCGUCGGUAAAAAAAUCCAGUCGGCCGCAUCCAAACUACUCGCCGAUUUCUUCACCUCGCUCGAUGACCUCAUUUGUCGGCACAUCGACCCACCCACGCUCCCCCCCAACAUCGACCCGCACUUGGUCCUCUCCGGUAACUUCGCCCCAGUUCCCGAGCUCCCCCCAACCCCUUGCCACGUGGCGGAGGGCUCCAUCCCCCUGGCCCUCGAAGGGGCCUACAUCCGCAACGGCCCGAACCCGCAGUUCUCGCCCCGCGGACCGCACCACUUGUUCGACGGCGACGGCAUGCUCCACUGCGUCCGGAUCUCCGGCGGCUGCGCCACCCUCGCCAGCCGCUUCGUCGCCUUGCCGCCACGCUGGUCCGAUACGCGGUGGCCGCCGGCCGGCUCGUCUCUGGCCAGUACGACCUCCGGCGAGGCACGGGGAACGCGAACACCAGCGUCUCGCAGUUCGGCGGCGGGUUGUUCGCGCUCGGGGAGUCAGGACCUUCCCUACCGGGUGGCCGUGACGGCCGAGGGAGAUGUGGUGACGAUCGGCCGGGAGGAAAAGUACGGAGGGCCGUUGGAGUCGAUGACGGCCCACCCGAAGGUCGACCCAGAAUCCGGCGAGGUGUUUGCUUACCGGCAUAAUCUCCGGCGGCCAUUCUUGACGUAUUUCACGAUCGGGGCUGACGGGGAGAAAUGGGCGCCUGAGGUGAGGGUGUGGACCAAGAAUGACGCGUCGCUCGUGCACGAUUUCGCGGUGACGGAGAAUUACGCGAUUUUUCCGGACACGCAAAUCGUAAUACGGCCGGAGGAGAUAGUGAGAGGGCGGCAGCCGGUGACAGUGGAUCGGGGGAAGGUGCCGAGGUUAGGGUUUGUGCCGAGACGGGCGGCGGCCGCAGAGGGGGACGAGGGAGGGGUGUGGUGGGUGGAGGUGUCGGGGUUUAAUAUGAUGCAUGCGGUAAAUGCGUGGGAGGAGGAGAGUGGCGAAGGGACGGUGGUGGUGGUGGUGGCUCCGAACAUGUUAGGGGUGGAGAACGUGAUGGAAGGGAUGCAUUUGGUGCACUCGUCGAUGGAGAGAAUUGUGAGGCGGCGGCCGAUUUCAACCAGAAAUCUUGAGUUUGCGGUGAUAAAUCCGGCGUGCGUGGGGAAGAAGACGAGGUACGCCGCCACUUAUAUUUAA